UGUAAACAAAGAAAUCAACGUGGGUUUUAAAUUUAGUAAUCGGUAGAAAAAUUUUGUGAUAAUAUAAAGCUUAUAUAUACUUAAGCUUAUAUAUAUUCGGUACUUCUUUUUUUUAAACUAGUAAAAGCCAUUUAAUAAUAUAAAGAUGAAAGCAAUCAGCAAAGAAAUGAGAAAAAGGCAGAAACAUUUUCCUUGGUUGAAAACUUUUAUAAAAGAAUUUUUAAAAACAUAUCCUAAUUGUAAGAAAACAUUGCAGUAUCUUGUAGAAAAUAUUGAGCAAGAAAUAAAAGAAUUACGAACAGGUCUUAAGCAGAAAACUGAAGCACUUUUUGAAACAGUUAAUGAUAUGUAUCUUCACUUUUGGUGGAAAAUCCACUGGAGAAAGAGUAGUCAAUGGAAAAAUUACUGGUGUCAGGGCACUACACAUUCUAACCAUGAUAGUGAAAUGCUGAAAUGUUUUGGAAAUCUGCUUAAAUCUCUUAUUUAUUUGGGAAUCAUUUUAAGUCAAAGGGCUUCAAAUUCUGUGUGGAUUAAUCGAGUUUUACAGGCCAUUAACAUUCUUCCAGUUAAUGAUGAAAUUGUAUAUGAUGCUCUCCUUCAAUUGCAUUACUUAAAAAAGAAAUAUCGAAACUCAUAUACGGAAAUUCUGAGGCAUAUAUUGUGUUCACAAAUCAUACUGAAUUUUUCUGAACCUGCAAUUUAUAUUAAAAGUCUGUUGCUGUUUAGAAGACUUAAAAAUUCUUUGGAUGACGAAGUUGCAAAAGCUUCCCUCAUAUCUACUGCUUCUAAAAUCAAACCUCCAUCAAAUUUAGUGCCUUGGUUGGCAUCAUUGGAGAUCUAUGUAGAUGCCAAUAAAAAUAUUGUGGAUCAACUUUUCAAAAAAAAUUCAAAACAAGUUUUCCAGAAACUGUACCAUGUUCUUAUUGAUUCUGGAAAUGAUGUGAAUUCUGUUUCACUAAAUAAUGUCGAGAAUUUAAAAUCUAAGAAAAAAUGUCAAAAUGAAGAAUUCGGUAGGGAAAAGGAAGAAAAAAGCCUACUCAGGAUGGUUGUAGAUUCUCCUGAUUCCCUAAAUAAAAAUGUAAAUUCCAAUAUUCAACCUUUUGAGAACAUGAAUAUGAAUGAAAAAGAUAAGCAAUUCAAAAGAAUCUUACUUCUCCCUGAUUUGUGUGAGAAAAUUAGGAAUUCAAAGAAAAAGAAGAAAUGUAAUGCAACAAAUGACAAUAAAAAAAUAAAUGUAGUGGACACUGAGAGUAAUACAAAAUCACAGACAGUAAUCGCAGAGAGUAAUACAAAAUCACAGCAACCUGACAGUAAUCAAAAUGAUAAUCUGGUCAAAAAAACUUUAGAUUCACAAAACAUUUCUACAAAGAAUAAAAAAUCCAAGAAAAAGAAGAAAUCAAAAGUAAAAAAUGAUGCUGUAGAUACUAACAAAGCCAAAAAAAAUACAGGUGUAAAAUCUAAGGAUACAUCCAAGAACUCAAAAUCUAGCAACAAAAGUAAAAAAUCACAGAAAAAAAAGAAAUGUAAAAAAAGAAAUAAUAGUGGCAGUGUAAUCCCUGACAACAAAAAGAAUCACUCAUGCAAUAUGGAAACUCAUUCAAAUGAAAUUAAUUCUUCUUGUAUUGAUGAUUCUGUUUCAGUUAAACUUUCUUCUUCUGGGACUGAAAAUCAGAUUUCUGAAACGAAUAAAGUGAAAUAUACUGUUUGCAGAGAAAAUUCUGAAGAUAAAAUAUCAAAUAAAAUUGAGCUUAGUUGUAAAUUGCCAAAUUUGCUAAUGAAUUAUGAAAUUUGUACUUCUGCUGAAGAAAAUGAAAUGAAAAGGAGAGAAGCUUCUUCUUGUCCUCAGGAAGAAACUGGUGAGGAUGUUUUGGUUCCUGAUACUUGCCAAAAUGAUGUUAACUCUAUUGUACCUUUCAAUUUAGAUUCAUGGAUACCCAGCAAAGAUGAUACUUCUCGAGAUACUUCUAUUUCUAAUGAUGGGUCUCUAGUUUCUGAUAAAUAUUUAUAUGCUUCCAUAACUGAAGGCAAGGUGCAUCAAAAUAAUCAGUCUGAUUAUUCAAAUUCACCUAUUAAUGAUUCUUCGCUUGAAUACAUAAAUGACAGUGAAGUAUCCCGAGAUACAUUUGUUUCUAAUGAUGGGUCACAAAUUUCGGAUAAAUAUCCUUAUGUUUCCUUAAUUGAUAUCAGAAAAAAUAAAAAAUUAAGUUUGUGUCUAAAAUCUGAUGAUUCAAAUUCAAGUUCUGAUUAUUCUGUUACGGGAAAUAUAAAUGAUAGUGAAAUAUCUCAAGAUACUUGUAUUUCUAAUGAUGGAUCACAAAUUUCAAAUAAAAUUCCAUAUGUUUCUCUGAUUGAUAUCAGGAAGACAAAAAAUUUAAGUUCAUAUCAGAAAUCUGACUGUUCAAAUUCAAGUUUUGAUAAUAGUUUUAUUGAAAGUAUUAAUAGCAAUGAAAUGUCUGAAGAUAUUUUUAUUUCUAAAGAAGAAUCGCAAAUUUCAAAUAAAGAUCCAAAAGACAUCGAGGAAGUUGAUGUGAUAACUCAUCACCAUAUUGAUUCAGAUUAUGACCAUGAUCUGGAAAGUGUAAAAAAUGGUGUUUUCAAUGAAAAUUCCAAUAAUACUUUAUAUAAUGAUUUAUGUAUAACUGAAAAUAAGAAGGAUGAAUCACAGAAUAUUCAAAUUGGAAGUCAUCAUGAAGCAAAUGGGAACAAAGAUUCUGAAUUACCUUCUGAUGAAACUAUUAUACAAACUAAAGAAUUUCGAAAAAGUCAGUUACCGCUUAAUAAACAUUCAAAAGCAAGAACUCCAUCUGUGCAGCAAGACAUGAUUAAUAUAAAUCUUAAUACAAAGCAAAAUUCACCGACAAAAAGAAAGAGAAAAGAAACUAGUUGUAAUGUCAAAAAACAACAGAAGAAAAAAUAUAGCUCUGAUGGCAACAAAAAUCUUGUUUCCUCAAAAGAAGUAGAUUGCCAUCAGGAUUUAGAAACAUCUACAAAAGAUGUGAGUGGUGAUACAUAUUUGAAUGAUUUGUCAACUUUACUUGUUAAUCAUGAUGUCAUAGAAACUCAAGAAAAUGAUGCAAUUUCUCCUUCAACAGACAUUGAUUUACAUCAUUCUGAUAAGCAAGAUUUGUCUCAAUUCAAGAAGCAUAAUACAUCUCAUGAAAAGUCCAAUAUUUUACCUAAUAAAUUGAAUGAAAAAAUGCCAUCACACACUUCCCUUGCAAAUGUUGAAGAACAUCCUUGUAUUACUUUAUCAAAUGAAAAUCAUCAAAAUGAUGUUCCCGCUUGUUCUAUUGAAACUGUUAUUAAUGAAUUUCUUGAAUCUGAAUUAUCUAAAGUGCAUACUGAUAACUUGAACUCUGUUAGUUUAACUAAUCAUGUAACUGGAAAAGCACUUGCAGAAAAUGUACACAGUGCUUUUCAAACACAGUCUGAUUGUUUUAGUUAUAAAAGUAAUGGAAAUACCCCAAAAAAUGAUAAUGAAAGAAAUAUGCUUUCUGUUUCAUCUUCAUUAACUACAGGAAACAGGUCUAUAGAAAAUGAAGUUGCACAGUCUUUAUUAAGUCUCAGUGUAAAUGAAAAUUCUGAAAGAAUUGCUCUUUCUACAAAUCCAGGCCAUAGAAAUAAGAACUCAAAUGUAAUCAAUUCUAAUUUAAAUUCUGGUAAUUCUAGCUUUGUUGUAGACUGUAAUAUUAUUAAUGAUUUUGAUUCUAGAAAUUCUUCACGGGCAGGUAGCUCAGUUAGUGGCGAUGCAACUACAAUUAAAGUUGUAUUAAAUCUCAUCAAUGCUAAGCAAGAAAACUGUUCAAAUUUAAAUUGUCAGAAUCCUAACUCUUCUGGAAAUGGUUUUUUCCCAGCAUGCAAUUCUUCUCAAAGUCUGCCUUCUUCAAUAGCAUCUGUUCAGGUGAUGAAUAAUUCAAGCUCUUCUGUUCCCAUAUGUACAAACAAUGAUUACUUUACUGAACCGCCUUUUUUCUUAAGGAGAACUACAAAUGAAUUGGACACUCCUCCUGAUAGUGAAAGCCACUUGAGUAUGCAACGGUUACCUAGAGCUAAAAAUAUGGUUCCUUCAUGCUCUGAGGACAAAACAAAUUUUAUACUUUCUAAGUCAAAAGGUAGAUCUUUCACACCUAAAAAUUUAUCCAGAAAAAGACAAUAUAAUGAAUUUCCACAUUCUUCAGAAAGUGCAAAUGAAUGGCAAGUAAAUCAGUGCGACUUAAAUAGCUCAUUUUCUAACAUCCCAACUGUACAGACAGAAUACUGUGAAAAUGUCCUGAGCUCAUGGAAUGGACAUCAAAAAGGAAAUAUUUAUUCUGCAAAAGGUAAUCAGAAUAAAGAACUUAUUUCAAGAUUUGGGGAUCAUUCAGCACCCAUUGGUGGAAACAAUGUGCUUCAAACUCACAGCCAGGCAUCCCUUUAUCGAAAUUCCCGCCCAAGCAUUUAUUCCGAUGAAAGUGAAGAUGAAUUGUCUGUUGGUACAAUGAGUCUACUAUCAGGUGAAGAGACUGAUCAUUCUCUCCUUAAAGCUGUUGAUGCUAUUUCACCGAAAACACCUUUACGUAAGAAGAAUAAAAAUAAAACAAAGAAAUUAUUUAGAGAAGAAAAAUGGGCAUUGGAUACAUUGAAUGCUGAAUCUUCAGUAGAUGAAAAAUCAAUGAUCUUGAAAGAACCAACACCUCAGAAGAAAAAAAGACAGAAAAAGAUAGUCAGAAAUGCAAAAAAGCCAAAGGCUACUAUGAAUCAUGAUUAUAAUUUGAGAUCAAGAAAAUUAUUAAUUCCACCUACAAAAUUAAAGUCUUAUAUUACUUAAUCAAAGCAUGAUACUCAUUGUAUACUAUUGUUAUAUAAAAAGAAUUGUUAUGUACUUUUUUUCAAUUUCCUUUA